AUGGGGAAAGCUGUUGAUUCUAAGGAGCAAGAUGUGGGAAAAGAAGAUUCCUCUCAAAAGGUAGAAUGGAAGUUGCACCAGCAGUUUGAAAUGUACAAGGAGCAGGUCAAGAAGAUGGGGGAAGAAUCCCAGCAGCAGCAGGAGCAGAAGGGGGAUGCUCCCACCUGUGGCAUCUGCCACAAAACAAAAUUUGCCGAUGGAUGUGGCCAUAACUGUUCAUAUUGCCAAACGAAAUUCUGUGCGCGCUGUGGAGGGCGAGUGUCUUUGCGCUCAAACAAGGAGGACAAAGUGGUUAUGUGGGUAUGUAAUUUGUGCCGAAAACAACAAGAAAUCCUCACUAAAUCAGGAGCUUGGUUCUAUAACAGUGGCUCUAACACGCCCCAGCAUCCUGACCAACAGGCUCUCCGCGGGAUGCGGAAUGAAGAGGCUCCUCAGGAGAAGAAAGCAAAGCUACAUGAACAGGCUCAGUACCAGGGAACCCAAGGGGACCUGCCUGCCCCUUCUAUAGACAAAAGCCGACCUCAUGGGAUUACAAGGCAGGACUCAAUUAAAAAUGGGUCAGGAAUGAAGCAUCCCAUAAGUGACACCACUUCAGACAGGUAA